AUGGACGAUAUCCAGACGUUUUUCGACAAAUAUGUACAUCUUCCAAGCGAAAUAUCGGGCAAACAUGACCAUGCAUACAUCAUAUUGAUCCUCCUCUCAGUUAUUUUAAUUCUAUUACUUCUCAUUUGUAAUCUCUGUAUUUGUUAUUUCAUCAGACGAAGAAGGCGUCGAGAGUUAAUCGACUACCCGUCGAACACUCUCCAAUACAUCCCAUUUCCACGAAACAUCCGAAAACCAUACCGUACCGACUCUGGCACGUCAUCAUCGAAUCGAAUGAUGCUACCGCCACGUCAUCAUGUCUGA